GGGGGGCGGGCAGGAGGCGGGUCGUGCGGGUCGGUGUGGACGGCGUGGCUGCGUGCGCAGGGUGGAGGUGUCGGACGAGGAGCUGGCGCAGCGGCUGCUGGAGGGCGCGCAGACGGCGCUGCGAGCGCUCCUGGCGGGCGACGAGGCGCAGAUCCGCGCCGCCGAGGCCGCGCUCAGGGACGCCGAGGGCGCCCUGCACGCGGGCCUGCGCGACCUGGGCAUGCAGCCGGAUCAGGCGACGUCGUCGCUGCCGGUGGGCGCGCAGGAGCUGCUGGGCCAGUCGCAGCACAAGAGCCAGGGGCUGUGGGGCGUGGGGCGCGCGCAGCUCGCCAUGGCCAUGUCGGCGGCGCUGAGCGCGGCCGCCGCCGCCGCGCGCAUGGCCGGCGACCGGGGCGGCGGAAGCGGCAGCGGGGUCCGCCUCUCCGCCAGCACGCGGCGCCGCCUGUCCGAGGUGGCCGACCGCCUCAAGGCGCUGCACCCGGCCGACUG